AUGGGUGUCCAACUCAAAGGAAACGGUCCAGGGGAACCACCAAUGAAUCCCACGAUUGGGGUCCCCUUAUUCGUCGUCGGAGGUGUUGUCGUCAUCUUGUUUGUCUGGCAAACCGUUAUUCGUCUUCAAAACCACCAGAGAUCGAAGCAAGCGAUCAAGGGAGUUGACCAGACUCGGCUGUCAAGAACAAGUCGCCUCGAUGCUGCUGUGAAGAAGCAUAUUCUCUAUGCUCCCAUUUGGGGAAGCCGUCACAGCCGAGAGCUUCGAUGCUUCAGACUUCACAUGGGCUCUAUCCCGCUGAGAUUGGAGAUCAUAAGUCUGUUGCUUUACCUUGCUCUCAACCUCAUCUUCAUUAUCGUGACGGUUGACUGGUGGAUUGAUGACUACCCGAAGAAAAUGUUCCAACUCAAAUAUUCUGCGGGACAUUUAGCUGUGAUGAACACACCUGGUUUGGUUCUAGCUGCCGGACGCAACAAUCCUUUGGUACAGCUUUUGGGUAUCUCUUUUGAUACUUUCAAUUUCAUGCACCGAUGGGUUGGACGUGUGAUCGCCUCAAACGCAGUCAUCCACAUGAGCGCUGUACUGGCCAGCCAAGCUUACACCCGUGAAUGGGACAGAAUACGUUCUGUAUGCCUUAUGGCAACAAAGGCUUUACUUGUGCGGUCUGAUCGUAUGUCGUUCGUCCUGGCAAAGCAACGGUGCAAGACUAACCAGUUCUCUCCCCAGGCUAUUCUAGGAUUCCUCUUCAUAGUUCUUCAGUCUUUGUCGCCGGCCCGACAUGCCUUCUACGAACUAUUCCUUCAUUUGCAUAUAGCUUUAGCAUUGAUGUCAUUCAUUGCUCUCUGGUACCAUCUCAAAAACCUACUGCAGCAACAAGUCCUCUUGGGAACUUUGAUUUUAUGGGGAUUGGACCGCGCAAGUCGACUUGCCAUUCUUAUUUGGAGAAAUGUCGGAAGAAAACCCACAACUGCUACCAUUGAAGCUUUGCCAGGGUCAGUCGCUCGGGUUGACGUGGCUGUUUCUCGAGCAUGGAGUUUCCGUCCUGGUCAACACAUGUAUCUCUACAUGCCGUGUCUGGGCUUGUGGACCUCACAUCCCUUUACGGUCGCGUGGACAUCCAAGUCGAGCUCAGCAACACCAAGCGAAAAGCGGGGCUCAAGUGAUUCCCUGAGAGCUCUCAUCGGCGGAUCAGAAAGAACAACUGUUUCGAUUCUUGUCAAAGGCCAAGAUGGGUUCACGAAGAAGUUGAUCCAGAAAGUCGAAGAUUCUGCCGAAGGGCAUAUCAAAGCAUUGGCACUGGCAGAGGGGCCAUUUGGCGGGAUUCAUUCACUUGAUUCAUAUGGCACGUUGCUGCUGAUUGCUGGUGGUAUUGGCAUCACCCAUCCAAUGUCAUAUCUGAACCAGGCUGUCAGUACUUUCACCGAGUCAAAAACAGCCACUCGCAAAGUACAUCUUGUUUGGAUUGUUCGAAAUCUAGAUCAUCUCACUUGGGUUCAGAAAUUCAUGAGGGAAAUUUUGACCCACGAAUCUCUGACCAGCCCGGUCAACUCUAACGGCCAUUCAUAUUUCCAAUUCCCGCGACUUCUUCUUUCUAUCAGCGUGCACGUCACAGCCCACAAGGAUACUGUCGAAGAGUACAUCCCACAACCAGACACACCCUGGAUGGAAUAUGCCCCACCCAGCGUCCCCGUUAAUAUCCACCACGGGAAGCCCUGCAUCCAGUCCAUACUGGAAAAGGAAAAAUCGGAUCAAAUAGGUGCGAUGGCGGUGAGCGUCUGCGGUCCUGGUGGCUUGGGCGACAGUGUGCGAGAGGCCGUGAGAAAUGUACAAGGGGAGAAGACGGUUGAUUUGUUUGAAGAGGCGUUUUCAUGGUGA